GUUACCGGGUUGCCCCAUCGAGUGAGGGUUGCCGUGACAGCGGCGGACUCUAGUCGGAGUUCCCAGGCGCUCGUUGCUUGGAGCGGGAGGCUGGUCGCUCGUUCGCUCGCUCGGCCCACCGGCCUCGCCGUGUCCUCCGGCGUCUUUCCACCAGGCCUCUCCUUCCGCCUCGGGUGGCUUCAUGGAGCGGGCGGCCGCUAUGACGGACAUGUACGACCAGGCGCUGCUGGGCAUCUUGCAGCAUGUGGGGAACGUCCAGGAGUUCCUGAACAUCCUCUUCGGCUUCUUGUAUCGAAAGACCGACUUCUACCGGCUCCUGGUGCAGCCGGCCGACCGGCUCGGCUUCCCUCCGGGGGUGGCCAAGUGCAUGGCGCUUCGGGCUUUCAAAAACUUUGAACACCUGGCCCGCCAAGAUGAUGAGAGAAGACAGCAAGAACUUCAGGAAAAAGUGAAGAAAAGAGAGGAGGACAUGGCAACUGCAGGAGAGAGAGUGAAGGUGGUGCCAGCUGUGGCUGAGGAGGUUGAGAUCAGUGCAGCAGUGGGUGAUGACUCUGUAUCAGAGGGUGGAAAGGCUACAGAGUCACAGGAGCCCGUGGCAGUGGAGGAGAAAGUAGAUGCACAAGCCGCCAAUGCAGCCGUGGAGCCACCAGAGGCUGUUGCUGCCCCCUUAGAAAGUCAGCCAGCAGAGGUGCCCAGGAAACAGGAGCAGUUCCAGGCAAAUCCUGACAGUUACAACGGAGCAGUGCGGGAGAAUUACGCCUGGUCCCAAGACUACAGUGAUGUGGAGAUUAAAGUCCCAGUGCCCAAGCACAUUCUGAAAGGCAAGCAGGUUUCUGUGAACAUCGGUAGUAGUUCAAUUUGCGUGGCUGUGGUGGAAGGAAGUGGGCCACGUGUGCUCAUGGAAGGCACCCUCACUCACAAGAUCAACACAGAGAACUCUGUCUGGAGUCUGGAACCAGGAAAGUGUAUCCUCAUUAACCUGAGCAAAGUAGGUGAAUACUGGUGGAGUGCCAUCUUGGAAGGAGAAGAGCAGAUUGACAUUGGUAAAAUCAAUAAAGAACGUUCAAUGGCUACGGUGGAUGAAGAAGAGCAUGCUGUGCUGGACAGGCUAUCCUUUGACUACCACCAAAAGCUGCAGGGAAAGCCACAGAGCCAUGAGAUGAAAGUCCACGAGAUGCUCAAGAAGGGCUGGGAUGCCGAAGGUUCCCCGUUCCGAGGCCAGAAGUUUGAUCCCUCCAUGUUCAACAUCUCUCCUGGGGCAGUGCACUUUUGAUGAUGGCACUGAGGAUGGGAGAAUUGCCUACCUGCCGGGGAGAGUAGGAUGAAACUGAUGCCACUGCCACACUCCUCCCCUCCUGCCAGCGAUGUCAAUCAGCCCUUUUGUCCCUGCCUUGUUAUCUGGGCUUGUUUGCAAAAUGACAGAGGACUUCAAAAUAGCCAGAAUGUGGGUUUGCUUUUGGGGAGGGGGGAGAGGGAAGUGCAAUGUUGAGCGAGUCCUUCCCUCCAGCACCAGGUUGGUGCAUUUGAUAUGUAUGUGGGGGAAGCCUUGCAAAAAGCAGCCUUACGUACUGUGUCACCACGGCAACCAGCAGCUGCUGGUAGUAUUUCCUCUUCUCUCUUGUUAAUGGAUUGCUUUGGGGAGGGGGGUUGAUUGAAGGCAGUAUUCCCCCCCCCCUUUUCAGAAAUACAUGCAGUUUGGCCAAAUGAUGGCAAGAUUCUCUCCUGUUUCUUUGAAGCUGUCUUCUGUCCCUGGUUCCAUCUUUCAGGGAAACCCAAUCUCGUAAUGGCACCAGGCAGCACAGCCUCCUUUAAACACCAGCAAUCUGCAAUCAGUGUCAUUUUAGCAGUAUCUUAAUUGCUAGGUUUGGUCCUUGAGGCCCUGGCAGUGGGAGGUAAAUGUUGCAGGCUCAGACUAAUAGCUGAAAAGGAGCCAGAACAGAAGGUGACACUUGAUAGCUGUAUCUUUACUGUAGAUCUCUGGUGGUCUGUGACGCUUUGGCAUUGAAUUUGAAAAAUAAAGGAGGGGGGACAGACUUCUCCUGAUUGCAGUGACUGGAUGACUUGGUGCUCAGAGAGCAGCAGUUCUCUGUGAGUCUCAUUCUGUUCUUAGUUUUAUCCAAAAGUGCUUAAUAUUAAGCUUCAGAGUGAAGACAUUAGUUUAUCUCCCUCCCUCUUCUCUUAGGGCCAAACUAGCUGAUACAGCAAGUGUGGGGUUUUAUUUAAUUAUCUGACUUUUUUCAAAACAACAAAAACAGAUCUGUUUAUGGAAAAUCAGGACCACAGGGUGGGGUUUAACCUCCCCCUGUGCACUGCAGUCCUGACAGUCGUCCCCCCCCCCCCCCGCUAUUUUCAUCAGAAAAUAUAUAUGCUAUGGUUGCCAAUGUAGCUUUCCUUUUAGGUGGGGGCAGCGGGGCGGUGGUGGGUUUGAUGGGACGAUAGCAUUGGAAGAAAGGGCUAAAUUUAUCUGACAGCUCAUGACUGCAGAUAGCGAUGACUUGGCCCACCUCAGCAGGUUAUCUGAAUCUAUGAGCACGUUUAGUAAGAUAGUGGCUCUUCCCCUAAUUUUUGCUUCAGGGGAGGCAGGGUGUGCCGUUAGAAGUUAAGAGUCUUAUUUCUGCUUAUUGUCAUAUAGCUGGCAACCUGUUACAGCGGUAGUGAGAAAUGCAUUUGAGGAAGAGAAAAGACAUGGCCCUUGAAGUUGUCCUAUUGUUCUGGCAAUAUCCAUACCUUU